AUGUCAUUCCAGAGGUCAUUGACCACAUUUACACUGUUUCGAAACUCAUUGAGCUUCAUCGACUUAAAGAAGGCAUUCAACUCAGUUGAGACGGAAGCGGUCGUGGAAGCCUUGGACAACCAAGGCGUCCCUACUCAGUGCAUAAAGGUACUUCGAGAGUUGUACAGUAACUUCACGACCGGAAUUUCGCCAUUCUACAAGAAUAUCAUCAUUGACGUGAAGAGGGGAGUCCGACAGGGUGAUACAAUCUCACCUAAAAUAUUGACAGCCACCCUCGAGAACGCAAUGCGAAAGUUGGAAUGGGACGACAUAGGAGUGAAGGUCGACGGUCGACAGCUACACCAUUUGCGUUUUGCUGAUGACAUCGUACUGGUAACACCUAGCAUCAGCCAAGCGGAACGAAUGCUGACCGAAUUCGACGAAACAUGUGGAUGCGUCGGUCUUCAGCUGAAUCUACAAAAGACGAUGUUCGUGCGGAACGGGUCUCGGAAUGCACCAGCUACGUUUAUCUGA